AUGAGAAAGGGCUUAGUUUAUGCUUCAGAAACUGGGAACACAAAAACACAUGCCUUUGAUAUUGUUAAUUUACUGACCUCAAAGAAUUUUGAAAUAGACGACCCGAUUGACAUUGCAAAUAUCAAGAUAAAUGAUUUAAAGGAAUAUGACUUCCUCAUUUUUGGUUCUCCAACUUGGAAUAUUGGUGAAUUGCAAGCAGAUUUGGGGGAAUUAUUCGAAGAAUUUAAUGAACUGGAUUUUAAAGGUAAAAUCGUUGCGGUUUACGGAUGCGGCGACCAAGAAGGCUAUCCCGAUACUUAUCAAGAUGCCAUUGGAAUCCUUGCCGAAAAAUUGAUGGAGAGAGGAGCUUUACUUAUUGGGAAAACUCUUCCAGAAGGUCAUCAAUUUGAAAAAUCACUCGCCCUUCAAAAAGGAAAAUUUCUUGGGUUGUCACUUGAUAACGAUAACCAGGAGGACCUAACCGAUGAAAGAAUUAAAAAUUGGGUUGAUCAAAUUAUUGAUGAAUUUGAAAAAAUAAAAACUUAG